CCUCCUCACUGCUCUAUAAAAGAGACCCAGCAAAGGGACCCUACCAGCUUCUAGCUCUCAGCCUGGGCGAAGGUGUGGGAAGCAAAGCCUGAGACCUUCAGGGAGGAGCAUACCAGCUGCAGAAGUCAGGCCAGCAUGUCUCCUUCUUUCAAACUUCAGUAUCACUUCAUUCUGAUCUUCCUGAUGGCUCUAAGAGGGGAGAACCGGUACCUAGAGCUGCGGGAAGCGGCGGACCACGACCCUUUCCUGCUCUUCGGCGCCAGCCUGAAGCGGGAGCUGGCGGGGGCGCCUCUGUACCACCGCGCUCUGCGGUGCCUGGACAUGCUGAGCCUCCCGGGCCAGUUCACCUUCGCCGCCGAUCGGCCGCAGCUGCACUGCGCCGCCUUCCUCAUCGCCGAGCCCGAGGAGUUCAUCACCAUCCACUACGACCUGGUCUCCAUCGACUGUCAGGGCGGCGACUUCCUGAAGGUAUUUGAUGGUUGGGUUCUUAAGGGGGAGAAGUUCCCCAGUUCCCAGGAUCAUCCUCUCCCCACAACCGAGCGGUACAUAGAUUUCUGUGACAGUGGUCUUAGCCGAAGGAGCAUCAGAUCUUCCCAGAAUGUGGCCAUGAUCUUCUUCCGGGUUCAUGAACCAGGAAAUGGAUUCACCUUCACCAUAAAGACAGAUCCCAACCUCUUUCCCUGCAAUGUGAUUUCCCAGACCCCCAGCGGAAGGUUUACCCUGGUAGUCCCGCAUCUGCGGCAAAACUGCAGCUUCUCCAUAAUUUAUCCCGUGGCGAUCAAAAUAUCGGAUCUUACCCUGGGACACUUAAAUGGUCUGCAGUUCAAGAACCCCUCAGCAGGUUGUGGGGGAAUAGGAGACUUUGUGGAGCUGCUGGGAGGACCUGGGCUGGACCCUUCCAAGAUGAUGCCUUUGGCUGACCUCUGCUAUUCCUUUCAUGGCCCUGCCCAAAUGAAAAUUGGCUGUGACAACACGGUGGUGCGCAUGGUGUCCAGCGGAAAGCACAUAAAUCGUGUGACUUUUGAGUACCGCCAGCUGGAACCGUAUGAACUGGAAAACCCAAGUGGAAACAGGAUCCAAGAAAUCUGUUUGUCUAGUCGUUGAGUAACCAACCCCAGUGAUUUACAAGCUGCUAGCUAAGUGAGUUUUUAAUAGCUAUUAUAUAUGAUUUUGAUGACCAGCUAGUUAAAAGCCUUUCAUACUCAGUAUUCCCAGGCUUCAGCACACAUUAGACACAUACACAAAACACACACACACACACAAGCAUACAUUAAUUUUUGUACCUUGCUUCUUUUUCAUUGUAAUAUAUGAAUGACCACAUGGUGGCAACUAGCCCCUCUUUGGUAGAAAAACAGUUUUCUGUAAUUCUUUGGUAUGCUACAAACCUGAACUGGUAAGAGAAGCACAAAGCAAUGGGCAAUAAGAAAUUGUAUCUCAAAAAAAAAAUUGUAUCUCCAGAGAAAAUGCCAUAAAGGAAUUAAAAUGGUGGUGUUCAUAUCAGUUUUGGAGCAGAAAAAAAUUGAAUGUCUGUGUAUACCAAAUUAGUUGUAUCUGUUGGUUUUCUGUUUGUUAUUCUAAUAGGCAAUAACUAUAGCUAUUCUUUAUUGAUUUGUAGCAUCUUGUUUCUAACAGAACUUUGUAGCAUGGAAAAAGUUUCCAUCCACAAAUACAAACAUGAAUAAAUAUAUCAGAAUG